UAAAAUUUUAUGAAAAGUAAAAAAAAAAAAAAUUAUAAAGCGGACUUCAAGUGAUUAUUAAGAUGAUUCUGAUGAUGAUGAGUUCAUGUUACAAGCUUAGGUUUUCACUGCUCCAAUUCUUUUACCUUCGAAUCAUCAUCUAAAAUAUGUAUUUUGGGAUCUUCAUGGAGUUUUUUCCUUCAUUCUUUAUUUUGUGCAGUAAAUGCAUCCUACUGUCAGUCUUUCAGAUCCCAAACCUGUCAGAAUUUAGUCACCCAAACCCAAAAAAUGUCUGAUAGCUGAGGGGGUGAAGAGAAGACAGAGAGAUCCGGAAAGAAGUAAAUGCUCACUCACCUAAGAGAAGUAGAGAACCACCCCCCCGGCCCAUCUCUUCUCCAACCAUAUCCUAUCCAAACUCCUUAACUUGAUUUUCUGCAGCACUCUCCUCACGCCCGAGUCCCGACCAUAGUAUUAUGUUCUCUUCUCCAUAAUUCCAAAUAUGAAUGCAGAGCAAGACGUAGAAGUCAUACAGCAAGCUUCAAAGCUCAUAAGCUCGGCGUUAUCCUCCUCAUCUUCCAUUCAAACCUUUUCUGUCAAAUGGAAAUCUAUAAGGUUCAAGCUUGAGCACCUCCACUCCUGCCUGACCUCUGCCUCAAACAAUGCUGAUUCUAUAAAGAAUUCAUCUUUUAUAGAGCUGAUACAACUCAUCUCUGUCACAGCAAAGGAUGCUGAGCUUCUCGCCUUGCGUUGCGGUGAUGAAUCAUACCUUGGUGGUAAGCUUCUCAUGAAGAGUGACCUAGAUGUCAUCGCCACGAAACUCGAGCUCCACAUCAAACACCUUGAUGAAAUCUUUGCUUCUGGUGUUCUGUUGAACUCAAAAGCGAUAAUUCUAUCUAAGCCUGGUGCUGGGGCAAGCAGAGAAGAUAUGAAGUUUUAUGUGCAGGACAUCUUCUCUAGGCUAAAGAUUGGAGACAUUGAUAUGAGAGUUCGAGCACUUUCUGCGCUCAAUGAGAUCCUUAAAGAGGAUGACAAGUAUGUUAGAAUUGUCGCUGCCGAGACAGUCGACAGCGCAAGCAUUCUUGUCAAUCUUCUAGAAUUAAGAGGCACGACAAUUCAAGAAGAGAUUUUGGAAGCUGUCAUAGUGUUUUGUGGCUUCGAUUCAUAUAGAAAAAUGUUUGUCAUGGCUGGAGUUGUUCCACCCUUAAUUCGAGCUUUGCAGUGUGAAAGUGGAUUGGGACAAGAAAGAGCUGCUCAAGCUCUGAAGCAAAUAACUGAGAAUGGCAACAAUGCAUGGCUGGUGUCUUCACAAGGUGGAGUCACGGCACUCCUCAAGAUUUGCAGUGAAGAAAGCAGCACUUGCAAGCUGAUCGGCUUGGCUUGUGGGGUGCUGAGGAACAUCAGUUGCGUCAUUGAGAUUAAGAGAUUCAUGGUGGAAGAAGGAGCCAUCUCAGUUUUUCUAAAGCUCAUGAAAUCAAAAGAAGAAUUGCCACAAAUUCAAGCCAUGGAGUUUUUGUGCAAGUUAGCCUUGGAGUCGGAAGAUGAAAUUAUCGAACAUGCUAAGGUGGUGAGACAGAGACAGAAAAUUGUCGAGUCUCUCCUAACAGUCAUAAAUCCCAACUCUAUUUAUUCAACCAAGGUAAGGGAGAUCAGUCUUCGAGCAAUCGAAGGAUUCUGCUUCACAUCUGCUAAGGCUGUGAACUAUCUUCUGAAUUCUGGAUUCCUCGACCGAGUUCUCUUCCUUCUGAAACAUGGAGAAAUCUUGGACCAAGAAUCGGCCCUGAAGACAAUUUCCAGACUCUGUGGAGUCUCUGAAGAGGCUAAGAAGGCAUUGGGUGAAAUGGGUUUCAUGACAGAGUUGGUCAAAAUGCUUGAAAACAUAUCUUGUGAGGUGAGAGAGACCGCAGCUGAGACUCUUUGUAGUUUAAUGGUGAUUCAGAAGAAUAGAAGAAGGUUCAUUCAAGAAGAACAUAACGUAGACGCAGUUCUGCAUCUGUUAAAUCCAGAGGAAGAGAAAUCAGUUUUAAAAAAGCUCUUGCUGGCAGCUCUGCUAUCCCUGACUGAGUGCAAUAAUGGGAGGAGAAGGGUUGCAAAUUCGGGCUAUGUUCGGAAUUUGGAAAAGCUUGCGGAAGCUAAUAUGACGGAUGCAAAGAAGAUUCUGAAGAGAAUAACAGGUAGCAGAUUUCGGUCUAUUCUAAAUGGAAUUUGGGGCUCCUAAGUUUCAUCUUCAGCACGCACUUGUGAAUAAGUAAUAUUCAGCUUUUAUUGUAGAGCUUACUUUAUUCGAGUAUAAAGAGUAUGAAGGAAGUAUAUCUUUAAUGUAUAGCGGUCGCAAGUUAUAUAAGGAUUGUAUGAAACUCAGCUAAUAAUGUUGAAUUUUGUUUAUGU